AUGAUUCGGAGGGCCAAGACAUCAAGCAUUAUUGGUUUGACCCGUUCCUGGAUCCGUUUGCUGGGAACAUUACUCCGUAAAGAUACCAACCUCCAAAACCUUACACCAACAGUUGCUUUCUACGCAGUAUCAACACUCGGACAUACAAGCCAACAUUUAGAAGUGUUGUGCUUUGCUACCCCGAGUUGCAGAAGGUCCAGUGGAAUGUUGAUUGGCCUUUCAAUCUCUUCUAGCCAAUCCAAGGGUAAUAAUCCUUCCAAGGGUUCGUAUGAGAAUGCUAUCAACGGCAGUGCGUUUGCAGUUCUUGCACCACCAUCUCAAGUCCUAUCGAGGGUUCGGAGGUGCGCAAUCGAAAAGUCUCGCCGGGAUCAAGGUUUAUCGCUUCGAACUCAGACAUCAUGCAAACGCGAGAGAUUAUUAUCAUUGGGUAUAUAA